CAUUAACUACUGUGUGACCACAAACAUUUCGUAACAGCUCAUCUUCACAGUGUAAAAUAAAAUGAAAACAAAUUCAUAAAUAAAUAUCUUCCGGUUUAUGGUUCCGCUUCGACCAAUCAAACAUCUAUGCCGUCGCGAGCACUCCCCUCGCCGUCACCGGCGAACCUACCGCCGUCCACUCACCACGAGACGACCACUCGCAUCUCCCCGCCGCUUAUAUCCGCCGCCGUGGGUCUCUCUCUCUUCUUCACUCUCUCCCUCUGUUUCUGCAAAUCCAACCGCAAACGCCGCUCCUCCGCCGCGGUAGUCUCUUCCUCCACGCCGCCUCAGAAACCUCCGCUUCAAGAAUUCUCCUACUCGACCCUCCGCAGAGCCACCGCUUCCUUCUCGCCGGAGAACAAGCUAGGUCAAGGCGGAUUCGGCUCCGUGUUCCGCGGCGACUUACCUCGAUCCUCCAUCGGCGGGAGCGUCGUCGCCGUCAAGGUGAUGGACUCGGGAUCUCUCCAAGGCGAGAGGGAGUUCCAGAACGAGCUCCUCUUCGCCGGCAAGCUCGAUUCACCCCGCGUGGUCUCCGUCGUCGGAUUCUCGCGCGAUCGAAAACGGCGCCGUUUGGCUCUCGUCUACGAGAUGAUGGAGAACGGUAACCUCCAGGACGCGCUUCUCCACCGCAAGGCCCCGGAGCUAACGGAGUGGAAGCGACGGUUUCGAGUCGCCGUCGAUGUCGCGAGAGGGAUCGAGCAUCUCCACGGAUUGAAUCCGCCGGUGAUUCACGGCGAUUUGAAGCCGAGCAACGUGCUGCUGGAUCGUGGAUUCAAUGCUAAGAUCGCUGAUUUUGGUUUAGCGAGGGUGAGGUCGGAGCAAGUGACGGUUACGGUGAAUGAUGAGAGUAAUGAUGUAGAGAGUGUGAUGACUAACACUACUGAGUCUAACUUUGAGUUCGCUGAUCAGAGUCCGGUGAGUGUUUGUAAGGUUAAUGAGUCCCCGGAGACUACGGCGACGAGUGUCUCUGUUUCUCCAGAGAUGGAGGUGAAAAGGAAUGGGAAAGAGAUGGAGAAUAGAGAUUGGUGGUGGAAGCAAGAAGGUGGUGGUGGUGGUGGAGGAGGGAAGGUGGAGGACUAUGUGACGCAGUGGAUUGGCUCAGAGGUGAAGAAGGAGUGGAUUGCUGAAACCUCUGAAGCAGCUUCUUUGUCAAGCGCCAAGAUGGAGAAGAAGAAGAGUAGCAAGAGGCUUGAAUGGUGGCUUUCCUUAGACGAGGAGGAUAAGAAGACGAAGAAGAAGAAGAAUCGGAGGAUGGUUAGAGAAUGGUGGAAAGAUGAGUAUCGGAAGAAGAAGAAGAAGAAUACUUUGGAAUCUGAGUUUCAGAGUGAUGAUGUGAGUAGCAGUAACAGUAUCACAAGUAGUAGCAUAGAUUGGUGGUUAGAUGGGCUUAGCGGUGAGCAAUGGAGAGCGCGGCGAAAAAACAGCCGCGAUUCAGCCAAGAGUUGCGGAGUCAGUAGCACGCCGAGCAUGAGAGGGACCAUGUGUUACGUUGCUCCGGAGUGUUGUGGUGCUAAUAACAUAGACGAUGUUUCUGAAAAAUGUGAUGUGUAUAGCUAUGGAGUUUUGCUGUUGGUCCUGGUCUCGGGACGGCGUCCGCUGGACGUGUCGGGACCGGCGUCUGAGAUCAUACAGCGUGCAAAUCUCAUGUCGUGGGCGCGGAAACUAGCCAGAGGAGGGAGACUCGGCGAGCUGGUAGAUGAGAAGCUGCAGUGUUUGGAUCAAGAACAAGCGGUUUUGUGCAUUAAGGUGGCACUUCAGUGUCUGCAGAGAUCACCGGUCUCGCGACCUUCGAUGAAAGAUGUUUUAGGGAUGCUUACGGGAGCGAUGAGCCCACCGGAGUUGCCUAGAGAGUUAUCACCGUCACCGCAGUCUCAGUUCCCGUUCAAGACACGAAGAAAGCAGCGUCGAUAGAGCGUUUUCUUUUUGAAGGUAGAGAACUUUACUGGUAUUAUUUAUUGACUUCGAACAUGUGUUUUAUAUGUUGUUUUUGUAGUUACAUGUUGGCGAUGUCUUUGUUAGUACUAUUGUUUAGUGUUAAGACACUUGAUUUAUCCUCUCUCUUA